UUCGGCAUUUAAGAAAGCAAGUUUUAAGUUUAAACAAAAUUAGAUUAAUUAAAAUUAUUAUUUUUCUUUAAAUUAAUUGCUAUCUUGUGCUUGAAAAAUUUGCUACUGUUGGCGUUUGGAGGUUACAAGAAUAAUAAGUAAGAAUAAAAAUAUCUAAUGGAUCGUCACCAUUCGGGCGGUCCUCCCCCAGUGGGUGUGCCACCACCUCCAGGAAGUUACAGUAGAGGAAUGACCAACUCGUCUUCAUUAGCUUAUCCUCCUCCUCCUCCAAUUAUUUCCCAUCAUCCUGAGCAGAAUAAGGAAAAUCCUAAACUCGAACCACUUUUAAUUGAUUACCGACUGCAGCAGAAUCAAUUUUUGGGGGCCAGAUUCAUAUUUGAAUGUGGAGUCAAGAUGGACGCCAGACCAAUGACGAUUGCGACAGCGGCAGUGCUGUACCACAGAUUCUUCAAGGAAAUGGAUGAUAAGAAAUAUGAUAUUUAUCUAAUUGCAGCUUGUUCCUUGUACUUGGCCGGAAAGCAUGAAAAUCAGCAUUUAAAAUUGCGUGAUGUAAUUAACGUUGCAUACUGCACGAUUCACCGGAAUGAGUUACCUCUCGACUUAAACGACAAGUAUUGGUCGUACCGUGAUGCCAUAGUGCAGUCAGAGCUGCUAAUCAUGAGAGUAUUGAAAUUCCAGACUGAUUUCGUGUAUCCACACAAGUUUUUGGUCCAUUAUCUCAAGACGCUGGAGGAGUGGAUUGGCUACGAUGGCUUCAGCAAAGCUCCCGUAGCACGAACGGCGUGGUCACUGCUUCAAGACUUUCACCACGAUCCGUCUGUCAUUUCAUAUCAACCUCAGGCUCUUGCUGUGGCUGCUAUUAAAUUGGCAAUGGAUAUGAAUGGAGCUCAAGUACCGCUGUGCUCCAUGUCAGGGAAAAAUAGUUGGGAAAUGAUAAUGUACCCAAACGUGGAUACCGUCAUCUUAGAAGAAAUCAUGUUCAAAAUGCUGACAGUUUACGACAAUGAAGCAACCAUCUUUCCAGCCCUGCUAUUCAGAGAGACGACUAAUGGGAACUUAAAAUAGUUCUAAAAAUCCAUUUAAAUGUCAAGAUCUUUUUUUCGUAAUCGUACAUGUCAGCCCGACAGUUCCCACUUUCUUAUUUUGUUACGCAAGUAGUAUAAUUAUAUGUUUUCUAUGUCUAGUUUGUCUACCAUCUUUUACAUUCUCGAUUAAUCGAUUUCUUUAUCCAAGAAAGAAUAUGUAUUAAAAGGUUCGAUUUAUAUUA